UAAUUAAAUAAGACCAAAACUGUGGCACAGCAUUAGUCUCAUAAAUCAUGAAAUACUAUUAACUUGGAAUGUUAUAGUCAAUUAUUAUGAGAACAUACGUGUUAACGUGAAACCUGGUUUUAUGUAAUAAUAUGGUAUUGUCACUGCUUACUACUGGUGAGUUCUAGCUCACGACAAAAUACAUCUAGUACUCCUUGGUUAUUAAUAAUCAUAUAACUGAUGUAACUUCAUUAUGAAGACCAACUACAAAUAUUUCGAAUAUUGGUCGAGUUUUAUUAUAUGACUGACUGAAAUGAAUUUUCAAUCAAGAUAAAAGGAUCAUACUAACUGAAGCUAAUAUCAAACCUUCUAAUGUAACCAUGAGCUUGAUACAACUGAGGAACAUCUGGAACUCAAAGCAACUGUCAACCAACACCAAGGUCAGGAUUUUCAAUACAAAUGCCAAGACAGUUCUACUGUAUGGGGCAGAAAUUUGGAGAACUACGAAAGCCAUCAUCCAGAAAAUACAGGUGUUUAUUAACAGUUGUUCACGCCAAAUACUUCGGAUCCGUUGGCCGGACACAAUUAGCAACAACCAACUGUGGGAAAGAACAAACCAGAUCCCAGUGGAGGAAGAAAUCAGGAAGAAGCGCUGGAAGUGGAUAGGACACACAUUGAGGAAAGCACCCGACUGCGUCACAAGGCAAGCCCUCACAUGGAAUCUUCAAGGCCAAAGGAAAAGAGGAAGACCAAAGAACAUAUUACGCCGGGAAAUGGAAAUAGACAUGAGAAAAAUGGACAAGAAUUGGAUGGAACUAGAAAAGAAGGCCCAGGACAGAGUGGGUUGGAGAAUGCUGGUCGGCGGCCUAUGCUCCAUUGGGAGUAACAGACAUAAGUAAACUCUGGAAUAACCUACCACAAUCUAUCCGUACGAUAAAAUCACUCCCAUUAUUUGUUCGCUGCAUCGAUGCAUACUGCUCCUUUGAAAAUGCAUUGAAUGUUCUAGCAUCUGUAAGUGUAUCUCAUUCCACAAGUGAUAUUAUAGGAACUUUAAAUGUUUAGCUAUCUUUAUUAGUGCAUUCCCUAAGUAAAACCACCUACUUGCUGUCACUUUAUGGUAACCCCGUCCCUAGCAAGUUUAACUAAUUUGAAUAACAUGAACAGUAUAUCAUUGUGUCACAUAAGACACGCAUUUACGUAGACCUGGUUGAUAUAUUUUGGUAAUCACUACUUUAUCAGAAUGGGUUUUGUGGAGA